AAUUUGUCAGUCACAACAUUAUUGUAUGUUGUGUAAUUUUUAGUUUACCUAAUAAAUAUAACAAAUUAAAUAACAUAUUAUAUAAUAUAUGUUUAUACAAUUUAAAAAUACUAUAUCUUUUGUUUUAUUUGUUAUUUAUAGUUACUAUAAACAUUUUAUUAACUUAUAAAAAAUUCUUUAAAAUAUGUAGUUUAGUGGGAAUAAAUGAUUAUGUCGAGUUUGAAUACUGUAGUAUAUUUAUGCAAAGAAGUAUUUGAUUCAAACUGUCAACCAACACAAAUUGAAAUUGAAGAACAAGCAUCACGAUUAGGAAUAGACUUAGUGAAAGAGAUACAUCUUUUGAGUAUUGCUAAACAAUGUUUACUUGAACCAUUGCCUGUCGAUUGGUUUCCUUGGUUUAUUAUGUAAUUAUUUCGUAGUUAUAUCGAAAAAGAAAAUAAGUAUUUUUACUAUAAUAAACAAAGUAAAAUAUCUCAAUGGGAACAUCCUUUAGAUGAAUAUUAUAGACAAAUAGUUGAAAAAACACGUUCAGAAGAUUGUUCUACAGGUCAAGACAUAUCAUUAAACAUAAUUCUAGACGAAGAAAAUUUACUCGACACUACUAUGUAUCUUCAUACAAAAAAUAGUAAUUAUGAAAAAAAAGCGGUUGCUGAAAAACGAACAGUACGUUUUAAAACUCCUAUAGAAGAAUCAUUAGAUCUUGAUGAUUCCGAGGAAAAUAUGAAGUUUUUAGGACCAAUAAAGUUAAACACACCUUUCACAAAUACAUCAUCUACUUUACACAAUUUACCCCAAUUUUCAACAACGAGUACUUAUGAUCUAAGAAAUACAGGUAGUCGGAGUGUACUUUCCAAGUACAAUAUAUUACCAAGCAAAGAAGAACUGUCCAAAAAGUCUGAAUUAGAUGAAAAUAUUAAAAAAACAAAUUAUGAAGACUCACCUACGAAUUUGAACUAUACUACUGGAAAAGAAAAUUUAAGAAAAAUUGAUAUAACUUUGACGGAAUCUUCUGAUCGAUCAGAGAGUACUUCAUCUGAAAUUCAAACAGAUCAUAUGAAUAGCGAAUAUGAAGAGAACGGUCAAAAAGAAAAGGAUAAUAUUGUAACAUCGGUUCAAUUAAAUAAACGUCAUGAAAAAAUCGAUACUAUCGAUGACGAUGGGAAAUCCGCAAUCGAUAAUAUUAAUGAUUUUCAAUCCAUAGGAACUGCAAAAUUGUACAAUGUUAAAAAAGAUGAUUUAGUUAGUGAUAGUGGAAACUCUACAGCAAAAGAUUCUAAAAUAAUACAAUCAUCAAUAGCUUCUAGUAGUUUGUCUGCAACUAAAAGUAAAAUGGCAGAAAUAACCCAACGAUUUCCACUUAAUCAAUUUUCAAACGAAACAAAAUUAUUUAAAAGAAAACCAAUAAUAAGUGAUGAAGGCAUUUUUGACUUAAAGUCUAAUAAUAUAAAAUCUAAGAUUGAAUCAGGAAAUGAUUUGGAAGACGAGAAACCAAAAUUAUUAGAUGACACACAUAUUAAAGUUAAAAUUGAAAAACAUUGCGAUUUAAUGAAAAAUAAAUUAGAAGAUACAAUUAAAACAAACCAAAAUAUAUUAAGGGAAGAAUUGAUUAAAAAGAUCGAUGAAGUUAUUCAAAAACAACAUGAUAAUUUUCAAAAACACGUUGAAGAACGACACAAUGAGCUUUUUUCUAAAAACGAAUUAGAAUUAAAAAAUAUAAUAAAAAAUGUGCAAGAAACUACUAGAAAAUCAUUAAUCGAAGAAUGUGACAAGAAAUAUAUUCAAAAUAUUUCAAAUACUGAACAAAUGUGUGAAGAAAAUUUAAGAAAGUUUAAAAAAGAUUUAGAGGAUUAUACAGAUUUAUUCAAACAUAAAAUACAGUCUGACCUUGAUGCAAUAUCGAAUGAAUUAAAAAAAGAUUUUGCUAAAAAUAAAGAAAUAAUAACCGAUGGCUGGAACGAAGCAUUAGGAUCGUACAAAAACGACGAGUUGGCAAAGGCAAAACAUAAUUUUGAACAAAGUACAGAAAAUAUUAAACGUGAAACGGAAAUUCAAAUACAACAAUUUCACUUAGAAUUCCGUGAAAAACUCAAAAUUAUAUCCGAAGAUAAAUUAAAUAGUGUUUCUGAGCAAUUAGAUAUAGCAUUAAGAGAAGAAAUCAAUUUAGUUAAAAAACGUGUUAACGAAAGUUCUAAACAUAAUAUGAAUAAUAAAACUACGAAACAUAUACCACAAUCAGAAAUAUACAAUGACUAUCCAGAAUUUAAUUUAGAGUAUCAAAAUAUAAACACGCAUAGGAUUAAUUAUAGCAACAUAAGAAAAAAAAUUCAACACUGUUCGAAUGAAUUAAACGAUGCUCUAAAAUUGGUUAACGAAAUAUCAUCAACAAAUGAAAAAGAACAUAACACAAAUGUAUGUCCUAACAAAUGUACAGUUUCAUGUCAAACUGAGAAUUUAACUAAUCCAUAUCAAAAGCCAAGUGUAAAAGAAUAUAUUUAUCCUGUCGAAUCGUCAAGCAUGCAGUCUAUGUUUAAUAACCCAUAUGAUGUCAACACAAAAUACACUAAUUAUUUGGACCAAGCAAAAAUAUCCGAAGAUCUAUGUUCCAACUACUUGACAUCAUAUUCUCAACAACUUAAUUAUAGCCCAUUGCAUAUUUUAAGUCAGCAAGAAUUAAAAGUGAAAGCUGCAGAACAAAAUAUAUGUCGUUUAAUCGAUACGUUCAACAAUUUCAAAUACGAUAAUAUUAAUAAUAUUCCCAAUAAUACUAAUAUUUCUGAUGAAUACAAGUUUACCAAUAUCUAUCAGACGCUAACACCAAAACAAAUAGCAUACAAUCGGACGAAACAUUUAAGAGAAUGGCUUUACAAUACUGACUUAAAAAAUAAAAAUAAUUGAAUUUUCUAAUAUUACGUAGUUACUUUUAAAAUGUAACUUAAAUUAUUAGUUAUUAGUUUUAGGCUAUGAUUACUAACAACAAUAAAAAUAGUAACUUAAUAAAAAUGACCUACAAUAAUUAUUGUUACUUGAAUAAAUACAUCACUUUUUUAUAUGUUAAGCUAACCUAA